CAAUGUCGUCAAUGGAUAAAAAGUCAAGUGUCAACCGUGUCCAAGCGUAAAUAAAUUAUUGUAAAAUAAUUAUGAAAAUGGACCUAUAAAUACAAUUUUUCCCCUUUAAAACGUUAAUAACCGAGUUUUUUAGUGGUAAAACAAUGCGCCCCAUACCGGAGGCCGUAUUUUAGGUGGCACCCCGUCAAUUUUUAGUGAUAAUUACGAAAUUACCUCGGGCUUGUGAAAGCACAACAGGCAUGGCUGAUUCAAAAGAGUUUCUACACGACCCCAAUUUACUGACCGAGUUAACGGCUCCCCCCGAUCCCAUUUUGGGGGAUCAUUUGUUUCCUCCCGAAACUGACAAUAUGCAGAUGCUCGACAGUUUUUUGAAUAAUGAAUCUCUGGAUACUGGAGAGGCCCCCUCUGCUGAUGCUCUCAAUGAAGUCCUAAAUGAGCCUCUCACCGAAAGUGAUCCGAUGGGUUCUUCCCCCAUGGCAACGGAAGAAAAGGAACCAGAAAAGGAGCUAAGUUGUAACUCAAACUCUAGUGAAGAACACCAUGUUGAAAGUCCCACUGCUACUGCUGAGGGGUUUGCUUUUAAGUGCAUUUAUUGUGACAGAGCUUUGACUGCUGCAGAUAAUCCUAAAUUGUUGGAAUGUUUGCAUAAUUCUUGUACAAAUUGUAUUAAUAGCAAGUUGUUUGAGAAUAAUGAAUCUUCAGGCAGUUCUGCAAAUCAAAUUUCAUGUCCCACCUGCAACAUUCACUGUGACCCCACCAGAAUCAUAGAAAACCAAUUCCUAAUAGAACUAGCCAAUAAUGAGGAGAGCAACGCUUCAAAACAGACUACCACAGACCUAAAGUGUAGCAGCUGCAGUGAUGAGGCACCCGCAUCCAGUUACUGUGCCGAUUGCUCGGAAUUCAUUUGUGACAAUUGCGUUCAGGCACAUCAGAGGCUAAAAAUCACAAAAGACCAUACAAUCAAAUCCAAAGAGGAUGGUAUAAAUGAACUGAACGCCCUCCAUAAUGGGGCUGCCAACUUGUUCUGUUCAGUUCAUCCUCACGAGAAAUUAUCCCUGUUUUGCGAGACUUGCGAUAAACUCACGUGUAGAGAUUGCCAGCUUAUAGAGCAUAGGGAGCACAAGUAUAAGUUCACUAAUGAAAUUGCCUCGGAGGCCAAGAAGUAUAUUUCCGAUAUGCUUAAGGAUGUUGGGUAUAAGAGAGCUUUACUCACUAGUGCAAUGAAGGUGAUCGAUGACAGGCAGAAUUUGAUUACUGAGAAGAAACAGGCUUUGGUUAAGGAGAUUACUCAAUUGGUGGUGAAACUGACGCAAACGAUAAGCACCCGGGGCAAACACCUGGUGGGCAAACUGACCGAGGUAUGCGAUUCCAAACAGAAAACGUUGCAAGAGAAAAAGUUGGCCUUGGAACAACUGUCGAAAAUGACAGACCACUGUAUCGAUUUCACCCAAUACGCCUUAGAUAAUGGGAGCGACAUGGCCCUGCUCUACAGCAAAAAACAGGUUACGGAACAUUUGAAACGGAUCAAGUGUAAAAGGGCGGACAUACCGAACCCGGAGAUUCCCGUCAGAAUCCAUUUGGCUUUGGAUAAAGUGCCGGAUUUAAUAAAAGUGAUGUCGACGAUCGGUCAGAUAGUGGUGGACGGACGCGUGUAUCCCUCUCAGGCAACUUCUCCGGGGGUGGCCGCUUACCCGCCCAACCAGUCGCCCAGUCCCCAACUGCGACCGCCCCAGCAACAGUCGCCCAUCAGUCCGUUGGUGCAACAGCCGUCGCCGUCCGGUUUUAUGCAGAACCAGCAGCAACAACAGCCGCAGCAGCAGGUGGGAAUUCGUAUGGGCAAUCCUCCGCCAUACAACCAAUACCAGGGGAAUAACCAACAGUAUCCCCAGAUGAUGCAGAACAUGGGCCAAAGCAAUAUACCACAGCAAUUUGGUCAAAACUCCGCCUUACAAAACCGCCUUCAAAGCAUGGGUCCGCCACCAACCGGAAUGAAUAACAUCGUGCCCCAGGCGAUCCCGAUCUCAUUAGCUCAACAAUUGAACCGCGGCAUGCCCCGGGUGGGGGGCGGUAACGGGGGGAUGCAGCGUUCCAUCAUUCCCCGCAUGCCCUCGAACUCCCCGAUGGGGGGCGCCGCCGGUUUGAAUCAGCAACAACAGCAGGUCUCCUCGUCGACCCAUCCGCACGGCAUGAUGCAAGAUCGCAGCAAUUUGCGUCAUUUGUUACAGCCGAACGGGAAUAGCGGUCCGAUUUAUAUACAGACCGGACCAUCGCAGUAUCAGGCAAUACAGCCGCACCAGUUUCAGAAUCGGUUCCCGGGGAACCAACAGCCGAUUAGGUUUAACCAGCAACAGCCUCAACAGGUCCGUAUGUUAAUGUCUAACCAACAGGGCCAGAACAGGAUGAUCGUGCAGAACCAACAGCCGCAGAACAGACCGCAACAACAGCAACAGCAAUUUGGUAACGUGGGUCCCGGAUCUGGGGGAGCCAAGUGGCACACGCCCCAACAAACUAAUGACAACCAGGGCAACUCGUCUCAAUCCCGUAACUCAUCGCUGCCCACGAUAAACGACAACUUCAAGAUAACGCUACGACAACAACCGGAAACGAACAACAAAAGCACGCCGGCCACGGUCACCUCGACGAUACCAAAAACGCCGAGUCCGAACCACAUCCAGGGCGGGCACCAGGAAACGGCCGAGCGCAGUCUCGAUAAAUUUUGCGAGGAGAGCGUUAAGGAUCUGAUGGCCACCAUUGCCAAAUUGGACUCGAAUGGCGUUCAGGUUUUGGCGGAGGGAAGACAAAAGGGUGGUUCGCCACACGUGGACAGUUCUACGGGAGACGCGACUCCGGCGCCCCCCAAAAUCAAAGCAGAACUGAUGGACACCAGCAAGGAUGACCCGAACGAAGAUUGGUGCGCAGUCUGCAGCGACGGAGGCGAACUAGUCUGUUGCGACAAGUGCCCUAAAGUGUUCCAUCAAUACUGUCACAUACCAAACUUGAGCGUCGAGGAAAACGACACUUGGCAGUGUCUGUUAUGCAUGAACUUCGCCGAUAUCCCCGAGACAGUUUUAAGCGAAAGAAAGGACGGCGAGUUGAGCGUGCGAGAGCGAAAAAUCGCCGAACGAUUGGUGUUGGAGUUGUACUGCCAAUACGAAACUAGCUUGCCUUUUAGGGAGAUUAUUGGGCCGGAGAAUGUCGAGUACCAUCAGAUAAUAAAAAAGCCGAUAGCGUUGGACGUGAUCAGGCAAAAAUUGAACUGGAACACCGACAGUCACUACAAAACGAUGGAGCAGCUGGUCAGGGAUGUCCGGCUCAUGUUUAAGAAUGCUUACACUUUUAACCCAGUGGACUCGCAAAUCUACGCGGACGCAAAAACCCUCGAGAAGUUCUUCGAUGAGCAACUGGAGAAAUUCCUGCCGGACUACGCGUACGAGACGUUCGAGGGCGAGGGUGAGGUGGGCGAGGCGCAACCUCCCCCCGCCAAAAAGUAUCGGAGGGUGGUGACCGACUGACAAAUAGUUCAUGGGGCGAAUAACACCGUUUACUUCUCCCUGUGAACUAAAAUAAAAUCGUUUAUCAGUGUGUUUUCUUGUAAAUAAUCGCGUGGUGAACAGUGACGGGACGAGAUUUGAGUAUUUUCUUUUUUUUGUCUUUUACGAAACGUAUACGGACUAUUUUGGAUCUGGAACUAGUUUGUGACACUUUUUUUUUAGAUUUUAAGAUAUCUCGCUAUUAUUUUUGAGGUUUUUUUUAGUAGGCGUUUAUCGAUAUUAAGUGGCGCGUUUGGACUGCUUUUUUACUUGCAGCCUCUGUGUAUUUCAGAUUAUGGUGUUUUAGAGUACAUAUUCAAACAAAUUUUAGAUCUAAGAGAUUGUCAUGUCAUUUUUUUUAAUGUGAAACGCGAUUGCGACUAUAGAGAUUUGAUAGUUUAUUUUUUAUAGGUGAUGCAUAUGGCAUACGAACAUAAUCGAAAAAGUCCUUAACGGUGGGUCUAAGAUCCAUUUUACACGGUAAAGAAUUUUUUUUAUUAAAUAAAUAAUUUAUGCGAUACUCAUGUGCAUAUGAUUUUAUGCGUUAAUUAUCAAUUAAUUUAUUAAGGGGUCUAGUUCCAAAGUGUACAACCUCCAGUUUUCUAAAAAAAUUAUAUUAGAAUAUUUGUUUGGGCUGUGGACCUUGAUCUGAAAACAAUGCUCUUUAAUUCAAAUAUUCCUUUUUAUUUGUAAGCGUUUUCCAAAUUUAAUCCAAAGUUAAAAAUAUCUAUAGCAUAAACUUUAGGGAAUCAACAGAAAAAUUUAGGUUGUUAGAAUAUACAAUUAAGCUUUAAGACUGCAUUCUUCUUUUCUUGUUUUACAUUAAGUGUUUUUAGUUCUUCCUUCUCGAAUUGCAUCUUCCAAAAAAUACAAUUAGUAGAAGUUUAAUCUAGGGUUAGUUUCCCACUUUUGUCCAUAGUGUGUCAUAAUAAGGAGAACUUUUUUUGCUUACUGUGUUUGUUGAUGAUGGAUGAAUCCAUGCUAAGAAGGUUUUUACCUUUCUUUGAAACAGAUUUUCCCAUUCCAUGAUCUGAUUUAUAGUUUGGUUCUCCAUGGACAACUGCCACCCCAAUUGAGUUCAUCAUCCUUCUCAUUUUGGAAAAAGCAAAAUGGCACUGUUCUGAUGACUUUGGCAGUUUGUUCCGUCCAGUCUUUAAUUUGACCAUUUUCUUCAACCUUUACCACAAUUCCAUACUGCAAAAAGAUAUUUAAGUAUUCCUCUGGCUCUUAAAUGAUUUCACAUCCAUUACACAUCAACUAGUGUGAAUAUUAGUCCAGUGGUUGAAACCUUUGGUGUGACAUUCGAAUGGCAACAGUUUUACCACUAACCAACAAUCUUUAUUUUACUCUCGACACGUGUUACGCUAACGAUGCAUCUUCGGGAAAAGAUUAAAACUAUUUUCCCGAAAGAGUUUAAGAAGUGAUGGCUGAAGAAGGAAAUUUCAAUAGAUCCUUUGCUGUAUUUAUUUUCUGCCCAACAAAAAUUUAUAUUUGUUAAAGGACUAAGUUUGCUUUUUAAAGUGCCCCAAACAACAGUAAAAUUGUAUAUCUACAACUGUCGAGAGUGGUACACCUGUGGAUCAGGAAUUUUGGGAACUAUCUGGUUCUGUUGACAAUUAGAGUGGAAAACUUUUUUUUUUUUUGUAGCUUUUAUAUUUGCGUCAAUGCAACUUUUAAUUUUUUUCGUUAAUAGUAGGCACGUAGAAUACCAAUCCAAAACCCAAAUUAUAUUGAAUUUUGAAAACAUGUAAAUUAACUCUUUUUUUGAUUGAUUCUUCGUUUUCAUUAUGAUACAUGAUUCACAUUUUUGUAAUGCAUACAUUAUAAUCAAGAUACAACAUUACACUACGUUUCCCGCAGAAACAGCUUUACAUUUAUAAAUAAAGAAUAAGGACAUUUUAGAAAUUAAAGAUGAUUUUGUGAAUUUAGAGCAAUUGAUAUGUUGUUCAAUGUAUGCAAAGCCAUAUUUUUCUCCUGCGGGACAUUCUGAGCGUAAAAAUUAAAAUUGAGCAUCUUAAAAGAAACGAUAUUAUUGUUUAAAACAUAGGGUAGAGUGCUUCAAGAGUUAAUCAGGUAAAAAAUCCAAACGAAUUGCGUUGAAAAUAUAUAUUUUUUUAUUUAUGACUGUUGAUACUUAAACAACAAAAUAAGGUAUAAUUCGCAAACUAAACAUCAGUACUUCAACAGAAAAAAUUAAACUUAAAAAAAGUGAUUUUGCGCACUCUUAUAAACCCGCUUUUUAAGAGUACGCAUUUAGUAUUGUAAGAGUACGCACGCAAUUUAAUGAACAUAGGUCACAUGUAUAAGAUCCAGAACCCUCGUAGGCACUGCAUUUUUCAUGCCACCAUUCAGCACACAAUAUGCACUCAAUCCAGUCUUCUGUAACAGGUUCUUUAAAUGUUUCGUUACACCCUGGACCGCUCCACAUUUUCUUAUGAGGCGGUGAUUUUGGCUUCUUCAACACAGCUUUUCCAUUUUUCGGUGUCUUCUUUGCCUGUCUGAGGUUCACAGCGCAUUUUCUUUUUAAACUCUCUUCCGAAAGCUCUUGUGGUGGUGGUAGGUUAUCGCCCAUAUCUAGUUUGACUAUGGGUUUCGGUUUUUUUUUCUCUUUUUCUUCAAUUAGUUGGUCCUUAUAUGGGGAGCUGGUGAUAAUUUCCGACUUUUUGCUUCUGCGACUUGUUGACCUGAACGUAAUUGAUUUGGGUAAUGGAGAAAUUGUUGUUAAUUUAAUAUAAGUUGAUGAUGUUCUAGGAGUGUUCGAUAAAUCAAAUGUUUUGGUUUCUGGCGCUACAGCAACUGUUUGUUCCAAAGUUGAAAUUAUUGCAGAUGUGUUGGAAACCAGCUCUGUAGGCUGAGGUGAAUUUUUCUUAGUAGUGGAACUCUCAAGAACAACAGUUGGACUGUCAAGAACUUUGGAAGCAUUUUUAGAGGCUAAUUCAGAGAUUUGAUGAGGUUGAAUAUUGAUUUUAGAUGUUGAGUUAUCAGCGUCUUUUAACUGAAUGUUUGGCGCUUCUACUUGCGUAGCUACUGUAGCUGUAGCAGAAUUUUCUCGUUCUGUGACUAAAGUGGCCAUGAAGUCAGCUUCGGUAAAUAUAUCAUCAUUAAAGGGACAUAUCCCUGUCGCUUUAAAACCUUCAAUCGCAUUCAUUAAAGUAGCAGCUUUAAAAUAUGCAGGUGCAAAUAUUGAAGCAAUUUGGUAGACCGUAAUUACCCGCCCUGGAUGGUUCGUCAACCAUUUUUCACACUCGUUGGAAUAAAACUUUUUUAACGGGCUAAAAAAACAUCGUUCAAGUGGCUGCAUACGGUGGCUACUAUGAGGAGGAAGUGUUAAUGCGAUAAUGUUAUAUUGUCGAAAAAAAUCAACUGCUGCAAUAGAACAAUGGGAAGUGUGGUUAUCCAUUAUCAUUAGUACUGGUUGUUCCUUUGUUGGCUUAGCAUGAUCUCGAAAAUGUGUGGCAUAAUCAACAAACAAAUCCUGAUUGAUGAAACUACUAUCAGAUACCAUUCCAAUUGAAGAUGGCGGAGCUCCGUUUUCCGUCCAAAAAUUCUGCCUUCAUUCUUUUAUGUGGAUAUAUAAAUGCGAGAGGAAUAAAUUGUCCACUAGCACUCAUUGCACAUACAACAGUAACAUUGGUUCCCCGUUCUGUGCUUGAUAUUUUAUUGACACACCUUUUUCCUUUUGUAGAGAAAACUUUAGGGGGUUUUGCAUGUGGCGGAAAUUUAUAUUUGUUCAUUAACUCCGAGAGGUUUAAAACCGCUCACACUGUGGUUUAUUAAACCCAACAGCCCUGGCGACGCUUGUAGCGGUGGGUUGCCUUAAUGUAACAUCUUUGUGCCGUUUUAAAAAUCCACGCAGCCAGCCCUUGCCUGCCAUUUUUGAACGUGCCAUGUUAAAACGACGUUUUAAUUUGUUCUUUUCAGCGAACUCAAAUGCUAGACUUCUUAGAGCUCUAGAAGUUAACCCGUAAAACAUGUUGUUCAAACACAACUCUUCUUCCAUUUCUGGUGUUAAGGUAAUGUCAAAUCUUCCCAGUUUUGUAGCUACGGUUGUCCUUUUUGGCCUUUUUCUUAACGUGCUUUCCGCCAUCCCUAAGGAUUUUGCCACGCUUCUUUUACUUUCUCCAUUUUCAAUCCUCUGUCUUGCUGCCUCCAUAACCGCCGGUGACCAUAAAGCACGUUGAGAACAUCGUUUUCUGCCAGACAUGCUGAAACACAAGAAAAAAUACGUUUAAUCCGUUAGAACAAAAAACCUGGUUUGUAAGAGUGCGCGCGUACUCUUACAAUAUUAAUGAUUGCGCACUCUUACAAAACGAGCAUGUUUUAAAAAGCGCCAGUGCUGCCUCCAUAUUGGUUCGAAAUUGUAAACAACGGUAUGAUUUAUACGAUUCUUCAAGGUUUAUUGUAAGCAUGACAAAAUAUGACCGCGAAAUUCUUGAAAACUACAGUUGUAUACAAUUUCCAAAAUGUCAAAAUAUAAUAACAAAAUAGAUAAAAUUCCCUCAACUUACCUAAUAACGUUAUUAUCGCUGUUUAUUUGCUUAGAAUGCACAAUAAACAUGCAGACACUCCUCUUAAUCAGUACGAACUAACACCUUGUUGUUGUCGACGACGUGCUCCAAAAAUCGACGAGUGCGCACUCUUAGAGCACUUUACCCUAAUGGGCCAAUGCCACAGAAUAAAUUGCACUACAAGUCCGCGCUACCUUAAAUGCAAAGGAAAUCAACUAUACACUCAAUGUGAUAAAGAUAGGAACUGUGUGCUGUGGCUGUGUGCUGCAACUGUGAGAGUGCUCACCUUGCUUUAAAUGCUCCAAAAACCCUAAUUUCUUAAAAAUGCUCAAGAAACAAAAUCACGACAUAAAAUCUUUUGCUUAGGUGAUGCAUAAUAGUGCACCAAAUUAAACUACAGCUCGGAGUGUCGAGCAGGUAAGAACCCUAAUGAUAUAACUAGUUAUAUAACCAUAUAAGUAGCGAUACUUCUAUUACAACUAGUCCUAAUAAUUCUGUUUUGCAAUUGUAAGCAAUGUCUGAUAAUAAACUAGGUCAGGCGUGAAUUUGAGAAGUUAAAAUUGCCUCUCGAUAAUUAGUUGGAUUUCACAAUAUUUUUUUCUAAACAAAAGACAGGAUUUAUUGAAUUUAUCCACAAUAAUAUAGAUAUUGCAUUAAUUCAGGACUUGCUUUAAUGACACCGUACACUAAAUUAAAAAUUCCUUAUUACAUUGUAGAUAGAAAUGAUAGACCUAAUAACGUGGGGAGAGAUACAGCAAUAAUUGUAAAAAGAAAUAUACCAUGUAAAUAAGUAAAUCCGCAAAAUACAGACCUGGAGAGCUUGAAACACUGUCACAAAUCACCUCAUCAUUAUGUGCACAUUAAGUCGAUUGACACCCUAUCAGAAAAAGGCAUUUCAACCAUAGCUGCCAGGUAUUGGAAUGAAGAAAGUAGAACCUGCAGGCAGGAGAUGGCACGCGGUAAUAAAUUGAAAUAUGUGGAUAAUAAUAUUUUAGAAUGGUUACGCCCCCAUCCUAAUAACAACAAUUAAAAGAGACUUCGCCCCCUUUAAAAUUGAUCACAAACUGGCUCAACUUCAAAACUCUAUUAUUGCAAAGUCUUUUAAUCCAAUUCCUCAAAACACACUUGAAAAUUAUACUCUUUUAGAAAAAAGUAAUAUACACAAAGUACCAUGCAAAUUCCUUUAACAAAUGCCCAUUUUCUAGCUUUUUCUUAGAUUAUCAAGAAACCAGGGAUAGACUUAAAAAACAAGCUAGAUUUAUACAAGACCCACGCAUUAAAAAGACAACGAAUAAUCUUAAUAAUCGCAUUCAAGAUGAGGUGUAUGAGUUAAGAAACCUGGAAUGGAAUAACCUUAGAAAGUCCAAAUGAGGGAGAUAAGAUUGGCUUCUGGAGGGUCUUAAAGAAACUGAAAGGCAGAACAAAAACGGAAAUCCCAUCCGGAAUAGAGGAAAAGUGCGACAAAGCAUACACAAACUUGGAAAAAUCAAUUCAACCUUCAUAAUAUAGAAGAUUCCCCAGCGCUUCUAAAUAAUAUUAACAGAACAAACAACUUUAUAAAACAUUUAAAACCAGCGGAUAUACCAAGAUUUAGCAAAUUGCCAUAAAUGAAAUCAGAGACUUAAUAAAAAGAAAAAAUCAAACGAACCAAAUUUUAUAGACCUAUAAACAAACUCGUUGGGAUAUAUUCUAGAGACCGCGUUGUUUACGAGGCUGUGGAAGGAGCUAGAUAAGUUGGAAAUUAUUCCAAAGGAACAAUGCAGUUUUGUGAGAGAAUUGACGACAUAGUUUCAGCUCGCAAGGCUGCAGCAGGAGUUAGUGGAUACAUUCAUACAUACAUUUUAAUCAAAAGUACUCAUGCGCCAUCGUCGCACUAGACAUCGAUGUGUUUAACAAGCUUUUUCGAAAAAGCUUUCGAUAGUGUGGCGUUUUGUGGCACGCGCUGAUUACAAAAUAUAUAAAUUUGUGUCUCUUUCAAAGCGAUUAAAUUUAUAUACAGUUGUUUAAAAGACAGAAAAUUUCCUGUUGUGAAACAAUGAACUAGGAGAGCGGGUGUGCAUUGUGUCGCAAGGCUCACCGCUUUUACCCGUUUUUUUUUUAAUAUCGGAGAAUAUGCAAAAAAAAUUUGCAUAUUUGCAACUUGCAAGGACAAUGACCAAUUACUAAAAUAAAACUGCCCUUACCUUAACAAAAAGAGCAAACUGUCCCUGAACAACAAAUUGCUCUUCUAAAAACAAGUCAUAGGGCCGAAACUGAUGGAUCGCCGCAGGUAAAGUUUAAAUAAAUCUAACAUCAAAAAGUUACAAGUCUUUCAAAUUAAAGUAUUAAGGCUAAUUGAGAGAAUGAGAGUUAGAUUAAAUUAGACGCUAUACAGCAGUUUCUAGCUAAAUAUCUAGCUAUAUGUAAAAUGUUGUAAUUUGUGGCUCAAAAGCGAUAACAAACAGUCUCUAAAUAACGCCCUAGUAUAUCAAAUAGGUCGACGGAGGACAGAACGUUGAACAUACUUCCUGUGGGGCGAAGCCGAAAAACCAGUCGUAUCUUCUUUUCCCUUUAUAAAUUAUACCUAAGAAAAGAGAAUCCUUUUCUUUCACUACCCCCUUACGCACUCAGAUGCCUUCUAAAAAGAAAAUGGUUGACCAGAGGAGUUAGCUGACACGGAAGGUGCAAUCAAAAUUCCUGUAAGAACACAAUUAACUAGCCCGGAAGAUAGCAUGAUGAUCAUAAAUGAAUGGAAAACGCUUUUGCCCUUAAGUCAUCUUCAGUGCCAAUUGCCAAUGGACUAUAUGACAUUUUUUUCUCUUGGCGUUCGAUGGCAACAAAGCUUCAAAAAUAUGCAUGUAGUCCAUUGACAAUUGGCGCUGAAGAAAGCAGAAAGCGCUUUACCUGCAUUGAACAAUAUAUCAAUUGUUUUAAAUACAGAAAAUCAUCUUCCUUCAGUUCAUAACAGAUUUUUUUUAUUUUUUGUUGCGAUAUUUUGCAGAAGCACAUCCACCAUUAUCCUUGCAUUUCUUUGCCGACGACAGUUUUAAAACAGUUUUUUGGUGUUAAUUCUUUUUGAAAUUCCCAAAAAAGGUCAUAAAAUAAUUUUUACGAACUGGAAUUAGUUUUUUUCGUGGCUCAGAAUAUAAAGCUGAAUUUAAAAUUCUUGCCCACGGUGUGUGGGCAAGUAUUUUGUGGACUCUUCCGAUUUACGGGCAUACUUGCAAUAUUUUAACAUAAAAUUGUCUUGAUAGGUUUCUUGUUUAACUUCGUACAACCUGUUGUGGAAGGUCUUCAUCUCGGCCAUUGUAAGUGAAACACAUUGGAAUACAGAAUCAGAAUAUGUUUUGUAGCCACAACUUAAAUAAGCCGGAAGAAAAUAUAGCGAAUACCUAUUUAAAAGUAGGUAUCUUGUAGAAAUUUGAUCUAAUAAAUCCUAUAGCUUAACUCGCCUAAGGCGUUUUCCUUUUUACCGAUCUGUAAGAUUUCUUCUGUUUCGAGCCUUUUUCUCACUAAGUGUCACGUAAGUUUCCAUGUUUGCAAUUUUAUAAAUCAAACAAUUUAACGCGAAAAAAUUCGAUAUAAAUGACACAAAUUUUAAAAUUGCUAUAUUUGAUUUGCAUUGAAGAAUGUACGUUUUGCCUUAAUUGACAACUGCGGAGUUUGUACGAUUUGGAAGUAAAUUGCUAAUGAAGAUUAUACAUUACGGAACUAAGUCGAAUCUUAAACGUUAAAUACGUAAAAGUUUUAUAGUUUUGGUACUAAAUAACAAUUGUCUCUAAUUCAGGGCUAAAAAUUAUACGUGAUGCGAUAUUGAUCUCAUUUUUAUUAAAACGUGAAGAUUCACAUUUUUAUUCACUCUUGCAACUAGACCCCUCAGAAGAUCUCAAAAUUGACAAUUAUUUUUGUUUUUAAAAGUUUUUGGUUAUUAUUUAUAAAGAAGUUCCUACUUAUUACCUAUAAAUUUAUAUUUAUUUUGAUUACAAGAACUUUGUCAAAUUCAAGUGAGUUACAAGAAACUAAAUAUAAAUAAUAUAUUAUUGGGUAUACUGUCAGUCCCUAAAACUGCAAAAGUUGUCAGUCAUAAAAAGAAAAAAUAAAAAUAUGAAAUUAAUAUCCGAAACAGUCAGAUAAAAGAAUUAAAAAAAGUCCUUUGUUCAAAGUUAUUAAGUGAGAGAAACAUAAUUUAAAGAAUGGCUUAUGAAAAGUAAGAAAGGACCUGAACAUACUGCUACUGAAAAGCGUGCAACAAGGAUUUUGUUUAUGGUUAGUUAGAAAUUGAAAAAAAAAUAAAUGGAAAGGGAAAAGAACUUGAAUAAUGCAAAAGUAGAAAACUUUAAUAAGUAUGCCAACUUGGCAGCAAAAACUUAAGGAGGCAGAGACUGUAAAUAGUUAGUGGACAUAACAAAAAAUGCAGUAGAUAUAUUUUAAGGCUUUUUGCAAGUACCUUCAUAAAGUGCUGAUGCACUUUAUGCAUUUGCAUGUCAAUUUCUUAUAGACAACAAUGUUCCCUAUGAAGAAAAUACAGCGAGAGAUUUUACAAGUUUGUGAUUUAAUAGCGAAUAGAUGGAUUCCAAUUACCACCAAUGGGAAUUUGCUCUCGAGUUUUUCAUUUUUUUUAAAAAGGUAUAUAGCUUUACUUACAGGAGUUGAAAUCUCAAGUAUCACAUAUCAUUUUCUGCUUCGAGCUCAUUCUCCUAAUCCUUUUCGAUUUGGUUCAACAACUUUCAAAAAAAUCCUGGACAGUUAAGUUUAGUAUAUGUACGAAGCAUAAAAAAUGUUUAUUUUUUAAGUCAAAACUGGAAACUACAGUUUCCAAAGAAUGCAUCACUGUAAAAUUAACAGCCGCCUUAACAGUUAUCUCACUUCAAUUCAGCAUUUCAAAGAGAAUGUUGGCAAUAGAUGUAGCUUUAUGGUUUCCCUCAGCAGGCACAAAAUCUAAAACAAUUGACUAAAUUUUUCAAUUUUUGUGAGUUGUAAUGCCAUAUUAUACCAAUAGAUGACCAUCCAUCAAUAGUCAACAAAAUUUUUGAACCACUUGCUUUCAGGCAGCUCAUUACAGGACUCUUAUUUUCUCAUAUAUAGGUGUAUAUUUUCUUUUUAACGUAUGCCAUCGCGACUUUUAAGCACCCCUCCGCUAAGUCUCCCCUUCCGCCCACUAUCUGUCUCUAAUUAAAAAAUGUGAGUAUUAUACAAGCUAUAAUAAUUAAUCUUAACUUACAUUUUCUUUAUGACUUCUGCCUAUCAAAUCUAAAAUACUAGUACUUGCCGUUAAGUGGAAGUGUUCUGAAUCAGGUGGAGAAAAUUGAACCUUGCUUCGAUCAGGCUCUAUGUGAGGUAACAUCCCAUGCUGUGCUUUAAAAUGUCUUUUUAAUUCAGAAGUUCCGGAAUUUUUCAUUUUUAGGUAAACACUUUUGUUAUGUUUCUGAAAAUACGAUAUACACUUGGCUAAUUUAUCAUUUUUAUUUUUGAAGUUGGUACCUACUGCUGACUAUAUCAUUUUGAAAAAAAUUAGAGAAUUUCUUUCUGUCACUAGUACUACUACUACCACUAUCAUGCAUUGAUCAUUUUAUAUUUACUAAGCCCGUAAUACUUACUACUAUCUACUGUUUGUUGAUAAAUAUUCUAAACCAGAAUCGUAGUCCAAUAGUUCAGCAGACGUAUUGUUUACAUGUCAUUCAUUGUUAAAUAAGAGGUCUUGAAAUUUAUUGAGUCAAGAUCUUAGAACAUUGAAAGGCUAGAACUAGCGUUGCUAUGGAACUAUGGACAGUUUGUUUGCUUGCAACAUCUCUGUUGCAAUGAUGCCAAAUGCCUAUGUAGAAAUGGCAAAAAAAUACUUUAUAAUAUGAUAAAAUUUUGUCACUCACUUUGACAGGCACAAAAUAUUACUACUGUUCAUCUUUAAUAAAAUAUGAAGCAUCUUAUUUAAUAUCAUAUAAAAAGAUACUCUAUAAGGAAGUCAAUAUUUAAAGUAAAAUGAAUGCAGAUUACGUAUAUUUGAGAAAAAGGCAACAACAGGCAGCGCUGCUCGAUUACAUUGUUGGUUCCACCGACACAAGAAAUCUUUACCAGUGACGUCGUCAAAAAAUAUUUACAUGAUAAAUAUAUAGUUCCCAUUUUCCUACUAAAAUCCAAAAUGUUCCAGCAAAAUUCUUUACCGCAUAAAAAGGACUACGAACAACCGACCCACAUACCAGGGUCAUAUAAUUAUAAUAUACACUUAUAUUAGGGUAAUAAAACAUACAUUCUAGUAUGUUCCGAUACUUCCUAUACUACCUUAGAUAAGGUCAUUAUUACAUUUUAAGAAUAUUUAUUUUCACCCUAUUAAUUGUUAAAUAUUUUAAAAAAAUCAUGUUUUAAUGAUAGUUUUAUAUAUAUAUAAAAAAAUAGGGAUGUAGUAGUUUUAUGUUGUAGGGUAGCUUAGGGCGUGGUAGGGCUUUUCCUAGGACGUACUUUCCUUAUUUUAUUGUUAUGUUUAUUCUUAUAUUAUAUAUUUUUGGACCGUUUUGGUUUCAUUUUUAAUGCAACAAAUUGGGUUAGAGUAUAUACGUAAAUUCAUUAAAUUAAGCGCAUAAAAUAUA